GGUGUCUUUGCGGUUUCACCCUUUUGGUCCCUCUUACGUUCAGAAGCCCUGCGAUCUGCGCAAGUCUUUGGAGCUCUUGGGAGGGACUCAAAGUAACUUCCAAGCAACUUGAAAUGGACUCAUUGGUCUUUGAGGAUGUGGCUGUGAAUUUUACCCAGGAUGAGUGGGUUUUACUGGAUUCCUCACAGAAGAAACUCUACAGAGAUGUGAUGUUGGAAAACAUCAGGAAUCUGGCAUCAGUAGCGGCAAAACAACAUCAUGACAUUGAAGAUUUGGAGAAAAACCCUGGGAAAAAAUUAAGAAGUCCUAUGAGAGGGAAACUGCCUGAAAAUAAGGACCUUAGUUCCUUCGAAGAAAAUCUUAUUUCAGCUCUCAAAAUGGAGAAAAAGACUCAUGAUUUAAAACCAUGGAAAUGCAGCCCAUGUGGAAAAACCUUCAUGAGUGUUUCAUCCCUUACUAGACAUAUGAAAUGUCAUGUUGAAGACAAACCAAGAGAGCAUCAAGGGUACCCUGAGAAGUUAUAUAAGUGUAAAGAAUGUGGGAAGGCAUUCGUUUCUCCCAGUGCUCUCAGAACACAUGAAAGUAGUCACACUGGAAAGAAACCCUAUGAAUGUUUACAAUGUGGAAAAGUUUUUCCAUAUCAAAAAUCUUUCCUACUGCACAAAAGAACUCACACAGGGGAAAAACCCUAUGAAUGUAGAGAAUGUGGGAAAGCCUUCAUGUGGAACAUAAGUCUUCUAAAACACAUGGUAACACACACUGGAGAUCUGCCUUAUAAAUGUGAGAAAUGUGAGAAAGCAUUCAUUUUUUUCAGUCAUUAUCAAUAUCAUUUAAGGAGUCACAAUGGAGAGAAUCCCUAUCAGUGUAAACAAUGUGGAAAAACCUUGGAAACUCCUCGAAGUAUAAAAAUACAUGAAAGAAUUCACAGGAGAGAAAAAUCCUAUGAAUGUAACCAAUGUGGUAAAACCUUCAAUUAUUUGUAUUCCUUAAAGGCACACAAAACACUUCACACAGAAGAGAUGCCAUGUGUAUCUAAAACAUACUCUAAAGCAUUGACUUUUGCCAGCUCUCUUCCAAAGCAUAAGGCGAUCCACACGCAAGAAAAACCCUAUGAGUGUAAGGAGUGUGGGAAAGCCUACAGAUUAAAUGAAAGGCUCCAAAAACACGUGAUAAUACACGCUGGAGAUGGCCCUUAUAAAUGUAAGGAAUGUGAAAGAGCAUUCAAUAAUUCCAGUUCUCUUGAAAUACAUGAAAAGAGUCACAUUAGAGAGAAACCCUAUGAAUGUUUACAAUGUGUAAAAUGUUUUCUAUCUCGAAAAUGUUGGCAGCAACACACAAGAACUCACACCGGGGAGAAACCUUAUGAAUGUAAAGAAUGUGGGAAAGCCUUCUUAUGGAAAAGAACUUUUCGAAGACACAUGGUAACACACACUGGAGAUUCACCUUUUAAAUGUCAGAAAUGUGAGAAAGGAUUCAUUAUUUUCAGUGAUCUUCAAAAGCAUGAAAGGCGUCACACUAGAGAGAAACCUAAUCUAUGUAAACAAUGUGGAAGAGAGUUUAAAAGUCCUAAAAGUAUUCAAAUUCAUGAAAGAAUUCACAGAGGAGUGAAACUCUAUGAGUGUAACCAAUGUGAUAAAGCCUACAAUUAUUUGACUUCCUUAACGGAACACAAAAGACAGCACACAAGAGACAUGCCAUAUGUAUGUAAAACAUGUUCUAAAGUAUUGAUUUCUGCAAGUUCUCUUCAAAAGCAUGAAAGAAUCCACACUGGAGAAAAACCCUAUGAGUGUAAGGAAUGUGGGAAAUCCUACAUAUUUAACUAUUACUUCGAGAAACACAUAAUAACACAUACUGGAGAUGGUCCUUAUAAAUGUAAAGAAUGUGAGAAAGUAUUCAUUAAUGCCAGUUCUCUUAAAAUACAUCAGAGAAGUCACAUUGGAGAGAAACCAUAUCAAUGUCAUCAAUGUGGUAAAAGUUAUAGAUAUAAAUCACAUAUAAAUAAACAUUUAAGAACACAUACUUUACAGACAUCCAGUGAUUGAAAAAUUCAGGAAAACCUUCACUUUCUCUCAUGUGCAAGUGUAUUAAAAUAUUCACACUGGACAGAAAUCCUGUCAAAUGUGAACAAUGUGGGAAAGGCAUUUUGUUUCCAUGUAAGAAUAAGCACCUUCUGUCGGGAAGCCUUUGGGUAUUUUUUGUUACUCAAAUAUAAUCUCCCAAUAUGUUUUUUAUUGUAUUUUAUUUAUAUGAUUAAAAGUGUGUGGGGUUUUUUUGUGAAACAGUUUUUGUAGUUGUUUCAAAUAUUUUACCGACUCUUUUGGAAGUGUUUGUUAGCUAAGAAACUUUUUCAUUUCCUGAAAGAAUUUAUUUAUGAGUAUUCCUUAAAACCUUGCAGUUUUUUUCAGUUAAUCAUUACACAGUAUCCGUUAGUUUUAUCCUGUGCGUAGCUACUUCAUUCUCAGGCCAUUUUCUUAGAUUUAGUUAGUUUUGAAUCAAAAUUAAUUUCUAAUUUUUAACUGUAAAAAUUAAAUUAUGGGACAUUUCAGUAACUUUGUGCCAGGGACCCUUAAGGUCACAACUCUCCUGUAGUCAAAUAUUGUGAUGAAAUAAAUUUUAUUAAGAGUGAAUACAGAUAAACAAGAUCCUAAUGUAUAGCACAGAAAACUGUAGUCAACAUCGUGAAAUAAAGUGGGCAUAGUGGGGCCACCCAAGAUGGACAGAACAUGGUGG